AGGAACCGGUUAUUACGUUCUAUGAGAUAACCUAAUACUUAAAUCAAAAUAUUCAUUAUUUACUAACAGAAAAGUUGAAUUAAAAUAAGUUUUAAAUCAUGAACUGAUAGAAUAAAACGCUCAAUUAAAUCAAGCUCGCAAAAUGACGUUCAGUGCUGGCGUUGACCCGAAAGUCUUCAGGGCUAUUCAGAAUGUAGACAUGAACGAAUUGGCAAAAUGUACCGAACAAGAAAUUAGACCUGUAUUGCCCUGUCUAGUAAGAAUGGGGCUCAUUUCACCCUUAGACACUUCUAAAAAGUGCACCAAUAUGAAAAUCGACAUAUUAACUAUUGUUUCUGGAAUGGAAUUAGUGAACUCCAUAGUUGCGUUGUUAUCUAUCGAUUUUCAUAAAUUGGAAGUAGAUGUGAGGAAAGAACAACAGUUAAGGCAGAAGGGGAAUACUUGUCUUAAUGAUUCCAUCUUAAUUGGAAAUCUCCUCAAUACUAGCAUGGCAUUGGAAUAUGAACGCAGUGAUAUGACAAGGAGAUUAAGCAUUUUGUUAGGAGAGCUCUUAUAUAUUCAAACACAAAUUCAGGAACCUUUGGAUGGUUCUAAUGAUUACGAUUCUUACAUGAAAGCAUCAGAUCUCUUUGACAAUGAUAUUUUUUCUGAGGAGUUAUCAGAUAUCAUCUGUAUUGCCUUAGCUGAGCUACCAACGACUCUAAAUAUAAUCAGUAUAGUUGAAAUUCUUCUUCAUGUUCAUAAUGGCUAUGCUAUAAUAUGUAGAAUUGUAGCGAAUUUUCCAGAUAGUUUUAAAGAAGUUAGUACAUUUCUGAUACAAUCUGGUGAAAAACAAGAAGAAAGUAUCAGUAGUUUGGCCAGAGCCAAUGCAAUAUCUUUGCUUUGUACAAUGAAUCCUUCUCAGGCGUUGACAGUUCGCAAUAAAUGUGUUGAGUUGUGCCGAAUGCCAGCUCUCGCUAUAACUCUAUCCCUAGAACAUUGUAGUAAGAACCCAGACAUUGAUGAUAGUGACAUGGUAGCAUUUAUUUCCGGAUUGUUACUGGGGAAUGAUCAGUCUAUAAGAAACUGGAUUGCCCUAUUUAUACGUACAGGCCAAAAACGCAAAGGUGAAGCCCCAAGUAACGCUCUCCAACAGUUGAGAGAUGAACUAUUGCAUAGAUUACAAGUGAUCUUGGAUGCUUCGAUGGAAAGCCAUCUACCAGACAAUAUGAUUGUUCAGGCCUCCGCUUUACUAAGAUUAUAUUGUGCUCUGAGAGGAAUAGCAGCAAUCAAGUUCCAAGAUGAAGAAGUUAACUUAAUAAUAAAAUUAUUGACGUCUCAUCCAAGUCCAACACCAGCAGGCGUGAGAUUUGUGUCGAUCGGUCUCUGCAUGUUAAUAGCUUGCCCUUCUUUGAUAUCUUUGCAAGAACACGAAAGAAAGAGCAUAGAAUGGGUACAAUGGUUGGUUAAUGAAGAAGCCUACUUUGAGUCGGCUAGUGGAGUUACGGCCUCCUUUGGCGAGAUGCUCCUCCUAAUGGCUAUUCAUUUCCACAGCAACCAGCUCAGCGCCAUCUGUGAUUUAGUCUGUGCAACCCUAGGUAUGAAAAUACCGAUCAGACAUAACAAUAUGACCAGGAUGAAGCAAGUUUUCACCCUGGAAAUUUUCACCGAACAGGUUGUAACUGCGCAUGCCAUAAAGGUGCCAGUCACAAAUAAUCUGAACGCAAACAUGAGCGGAUUUCUGCCGAUACAUUGUAUACACCAACUUUUGAAAUCCAGGGCGUUUGCGAAGCACAACGUUAACAUCAAGAACUGGAUUUAUAAACAGAUUUGUACCAGCGUCAGUCCUCUUCAUUCUGUACUACCUCUCCUUGUGGAGGUAUUCGUUAACAGCAUCAUAGUCCCGACCAACAAGAACGCAGAGCAUACCAACAAACCACUCACGGAGAACGAAAUCCGUAGGGUCUUCCAAAGCUCCAUCUUUGGCCAGUAUUUCGACCAGAAAAAAUCCAUAUUCACGAUGGACUUCGAUAACAGCAUGGAAGAUAAAGACGUCGUAGUCGAUAACACAAGUUUAACACCCCAACUUCUCCUGCUUUAUUAUCUGUUGUUGUACGAGGACUGCAGACUCAACAACGCUCAGGUGCUCGCGGCCCACAACAGGAAAGUCAAGAUUUACAGUUCCGAAUUCAUGUCCGAGCUGCCCAUCAAGUAUCUUCUUCAUCACGCUCAGAAAGACCAGAGCUCGUAUUCCGGAUUGUUUGGACCUCUUUUGAAGCUACUUGCCACCCAUUUCCCGCAUUUAGCCCUUGUCGAAGAUUGGUUAGACGACAUUUCCAUGACUGUGGAAAAUAGACCAGAGCAUGUCUCGGAAAUUAGUCUUGUAGAGGCAUUCAACAACAUCGAAGAGAGUCCAUCCAAGUUAAAUUCAGUGCUUCAAACUCUCCUUAAACACGAACCGAUCGAUAUAUGGCCGUUUGCUGAAGUCUUCACCUAUUAUGCUAGGAAUGUCUUGGGAGAUAAGGUACCCAGAUACAUCCAGGACCUUUACAAGGAUAUCUGGUUGAGGAUGAACACGGUAUUGCCGCGCAGACUGUGGGUAUUGACCGUUAAGAAUUUAGUCGAUGACUUUAGCAGCUUGACCAGGAUAGAUGUAGCCGAAGAUCCCCUCCAGAUACUUAGAUGCGACGAACGGGUUUUCAGAUGCGCUCCAAUGUAUGCCAUUGUUUUGAGGGUGCUGAGAGCUAGCUUAGCAUCGUCAAGAAGUCAGCUUUUGCAACAUCUUCAGGCCAACCCUAAGUUAGACCCCAGUGGACAAGUUAUGGUGGAGCCAGAUCGAGAAAGUAUAUGUAAAGCAACGAUUGAUGCUCAGGAAAGUGCAGCGGUACAGAUGCUCUUGGAGUCCUGCUUGGAAACUGAGCAGGACGUAACUGUUCCUGGCCAGCAAUGGGCGCUUCAAGAAGUGCGUUCCCUAGUUUGCAGUUACAUUCAUCAAGUCUUCAUUGCCGAAGCUGGCUUGGCCACACUCGUUCAUUUCCAGGGCUACCCUAGCGAAUUACUUGCUGUGACCGUCAAAGGAAUUCCUUCCAUGCAUAUUUGCGCCGAUUUUAUCGUGGAACUGAUGCAACAGCCCAGUUUGAAGAAACAAAUAUUCGCCAUACAGUUGCUGUCUCACCUCUCCGUCCAGUACGCCUUGCCCAAAAACCUGAAUAACUGCGUGACGGCUUUGAAUCUUCUCUACGCCCUUCUGGGAGGGCUGUCUUGCGGGCAGAGGGUAAAACUGUUCACUCCCAUCCUACCAGCCCUGGUGCGUAUCAGCGAGGCCUUUCCGCCCUUGGUUCCGGACAUAAUGAACCUACUGAUGCAACUGGCCAAGAUAUCCGAAUCGCAGGCUUCCUUGGCGUCCCAUUUCGACGCUCAUCUCGGUAAGAGUCUGGAGAUAUCUGCUCAGGAGAGCAGGGAACUGUGCGACCUGACCCAGAAGACCUUCUCCGAAAUCCUGGACAAGGCGGUGUUGAAACCGGAGGUGUACAAGCAGACUUCGAAUAAUCUGCUGGUAUAGGGGACGUUUUUGCGUUUUGAGUUCGUUUUGUCGGUUUGAUGGAUGCCCUUUCAGUGGUGCAUGAUGAAAUAGUUGAUGCCUGCUUCGAAGGAGGUUAUGUGAAAAUUUUUAAUAUACUGUUGUUUUGAU